AAACGGAAAAAGCGCGUGGUUAGGCCAAUAUUGUCAACUUUCGCAUCAAAAAUUGCGUGAUCGGUUUCAAAUACAACCACGGUUCAGUUUCCGGUGUAUUUCCGUUACGUCAUCGGAAGGAGAUCGUGGAUUCGUUCGUGCCGUUCGUGCAGGCUUCGAAAAGCAUGCGUAUUUGACGGAAGAGGGCCCGCGAAAUAUCCCGAUGACAUUGUAUGGAAACAAAGUGACUGUGUGUUUGGGAUGGCAAAGUUUUCCGUCAGGAGGCACUCUGAUCCUUUCUACGUUCUCGCACUAAAGGAGGCCAUCGUAAAAAUAUCCGCUCAGAAACAGUGCCCGAACGAAGGUAGGAUUGUACGAUCGGUUCUUCAAGAAUUUGAUUGGAGUAAAGCAGAGAUAGUCAAGCAGUUGAAGUUUGCGGUUAAAGAUGGCUUGAUUCUUCAAGUCACCACGUCCUCUAGCCACGGUAGUACUAAGGGAAUCCCUCAGACAGCUUACAGGAUUCUUCGAAAAGACGGCGAAGAUGAUGAUGAAGUACAAGCGCAAAAGAAAAUGCUAUCAUCAAACACGCAUGACUGGUACUGCUGGGACUGUCACAAAGCAGGGGAAGUUAUAGCAUGUGAUUUCUGCCCGCGUGUAUUUCACAGGAAAUGUGCGCAUUCUGGUACUGUGGCCAAUGGGAAGUGGAAAUGCCCAUCUUGCCAGCCACAGAAGCUGCCUGUGUUGAUGUCAAACAAGACACCUGACCAGCUAGCAAAACUUCUCAAGUUUACAUUGGAAAGAAUGAAAGAAAAGGCUAAAGAAUACUUGGAGCCAAUUUCCUUGGAAGAACAUCCAGACUAUGAGGACUUCAUCUUUAAACCAAUGGAUCUUAAAAAAUUAGAAAAGCUGGUAGAUAAAAAAACCUUCAAGUCUCCAAAGGAAUUUAGAGAAGAGUCACAGUGGAUGUUCCAUAAUGCGAUGAUCUAUUUUGGAGAUGAUGAUGACAUGACGGAUCUUGCUGAAGCCAUCAUGGAGGACUGCGAUGGAGAGCUUGAAGAAAUGAUUCGAUGCCCUGAUUGUUACUUGAUGUCUAAUACACGAUCCAAAAAUUGGUUCUGUAAGCCAUGUUACUUUCCUCAUGAGCUUGUGUGGGCAAAGAUGACAGGGGAACCUCCUUGGCCUGCUAAAAUGCUAAGCUGGAGUGAAGACAACUCAAAAGCGCUCGUGCGGUUCUUUGGGGCUGCUCAUCAAAGGGCCUGGGUCGGCCGGAAACACAUCAUGCCAAUCACGAGCAAACCGGAAGUGAAAAAACGAUCCCAGAGGUGGGUCCAGGCUAAUGACGAGAUGAAAGAAUAUCAGAGACAGCUGGCUCUUUUAUACCCUGACGCCAAGCAACAGGAAUCGACGCCUUGUCGUAAAACUGAGACCAAGGAAUGCCAGACCGACGUACAGUUAAACGAGGAAGAUAAAGAAAAGAUAAAACAGUUAGAAGAACAGGUUCGUCAAAAAAACGAAGAGCUUGAUUCGCUGACAUCAGACCUAAAGUGCGAGCGAGAGCGAGCGAAACAGCUGGUGGAAGGAGUAAAACGGAAGAAAGAGGAGCAAGACCAACGAGUGUUGCGUGACAAGUCUGUCAGCGAACAAAAGGAAACGUCCGAGAACUGCAGCAGUAAUAGCGCAACUAUCGACCUGUCCAUGACAAGGGACCAGUCCAGUGUUAUUAAAAUGUUACAGGACGCGCUUGAACGCGAGCGUCAAGAGAAAAAAGAACUCAUUGAGAAAGUCACGCGAGAUUCGCAAAAGAACCGUGAGCGUGACAUACAGCAAGCCGUGAAAAGAGCCGUGAACAAGGAAAGAUUGGAGCGAGAGCGGAUCACGGACGAGGCAGUGAAGAAAGCGGUGGAGAAAUGUAAACAGGACAGAGAAAGACAUACACAGAAAGCGCUGCAGAUGGCCAAGGAGGAGGCUGAGAAAUCGGUGCAGGAGGCAGUGAGCCUGGCCAAGAAGAAACAAUGGUGCGCUAAUUGUCGGGCGGAGGCUUUUUAUCCGUGUUGUUGGAACACAAGUUAUUGUACUUUGGAGUGUCAGAAGACUCACUGGUGCACGCACAGGUUCCAUUGCCUGAGGGUCGCGUGUAACUGCAACAGAGAUGGCCCUAUGACGCGGUCGUGACGUCACAAAGUCGGUUUCAUGGACCACUGUCUCGACAGUUUCGCGUCAGACGUUACCAUGGUUAUGCGCGGGGAAUUCUGGGAGUUGCAGUAAAUCGCUUUAUUUGUGAUAAUGGCGAUGUAACAUGGUUUGUUUGUACAGCGGUUAUUUCAUGCCUUAGAGCCUGUUCACACUGACUAAUCUUUUUGAGUUAAAUCGAGUACUAAAUUUUGCAACCUAGUGCAACCCCGAUAUAACCAGUAAACUUCAUUAACAUCGAUGAUCGAGGCACGCUUAUAGCGAACGCCGAAUUUCGGUCCCAGAAAGAAGGAACCAGGACCUCAACAGACAAGGGAAUUAGUUGAUGACAGCUAUUUUUAGUUCUGGAUAACAGAAAGUUAUCGAUAACUAAAUAUCUAAUUCGUGACUUUGCGGCAACUUAUCUUGUCUGUCAUCAUCAGAUAGUCGUCCACUAUAACGCCAAACCCUGAACGCUGACAUGCCCAGCUAACACUACUUACCAAACUUUCGUGUUAAAAACACACUACCAAUCGAUAGCGUUAGCUUCUAAUUAGUGGAGGCCCUGGGUCUCUCCUUCGCAGCUGUCACAGCGAUUCCCUGUGCGAGACCCAUUAACAUCUGUGAAGGAAAUUGCAGACAUAUUUCCAGUAAAUUGGAGUUCAGCUUACAAGUCGUUCAAAAUAGGUCUUGCCACGCUGUUUGUUGUAUCAAGGUUGCACUCAAAUCGCUUGGAGCUUAACGUUUCAGCGGUUGCUGCAUGGUAAAUUACUUUCAGCCAAUCAGGUGCUCAUUUAUGGCUCCCAUGGUUGUUUUCAGUCAUUGUAAAAUAUUCUUAUAGUUAUGUCUAAAACAGUUUGAAUCUUAACCUCCGAGGGUAACUUUUACGUAAUAUUUUUUUAUGUUUUUUUAAGUAAAGUAAUGUAAAGUCCUUCAUUUAAAACUAUUAUCGUUUAAGCACUACAUGCUUGAGGGGUCGUGUAUCUAAUUAAUUAUCUAAUUAUCUAAUUACCUACUGAUAAAACGAAUGUUGUUUUGUUUGUUUGUUUUGUGUAUCCGGUUUUCAUUUAUACAGUUUUAUCGCAAUUCAAACUACUUUGGUGUUCAAGCGAACCGAUGUCAUUUUUUUCCUUGGUGACGCUUUAUAAUUCAUUCUUUCUCUCUUUAAUUCGUAUGGCUUUUGUUGAAGGAUUCCAAUUGGCAAGUGUAAAUAUUGGUACUAUACUGUGUAUUGUUUCAGUUUUUCCGAGACCUUUCUCGGCUGGUCAGCCUGUUUAGGUGAGGUUGCAAAUAAGAACUUUUCUGAACACCCACAUAGAAAUUUAGGCAAACAUCUCUGUGCUGAGAAAGUGCGUAGUUUAGUUUAUUUUCCAUAUUUUUAGACGGAUUGUACAUAAAUUGUUUUGCAAGCGCAUCAAAUUCUUUGCCCUUCAGCGACAGUUGGAGCUGUUAUGUUGUGGGCACCCUUUUGUUUUGAACGAGAAAUCAUUUUGACAUUAAAAAUUUAUCAAUAGUUUCUCAAGCAUAGGGUUGUGGUUUCAAGUAAUGUGCCAACCCCGAGUGUCAAAAAAAAGGAAAAGAACUCUCCGUUGAUCCCUGAAACGUUUUUGCAACCGUGAUAAUGAGCUUUCGUUUUUCUACGAAAUCGUUGUAUGUCCAAAUAUCUAUUUUUAUGAUCCCAUCGAAAGCAGAGAUGUGUGUAAAUAUUCUUAACACGACGUACUGUAAGUGCGUUCCAUAAAAUUAUGACAAAAUCUAAUGUAGGGGCGACAAUCGAUUAACGUAAAACGUAUGUAUUUUGAUACAAGAUCAGAUACAAAUGCAGUAUUUUUAAGAUCAUUAUUAAACAUGGUUAACUAAAUAGGUAGCAAUUGUUUUCUAUCCAACCGAAAUGUACAGUUGUUGUAGCCUUUCUGUCCUAGUAUCCUUGCAGGUCAGUUUUACCGUGCAAGUUCAGUUGCAAGAGUGCGUUCAGAUCAUCGAAAAAUCAGUAACCUUUUGUCUCAGUGACCUGAAUUGUGAGAUUGUAAACACUGAUAACUUUACCAUGAACUGGAAACGAACUAAGUUGUGGAGUUUUGUUAUGUUGUGAAUGACUUUGUAUAGUUCGUAGUGAUUAAACCAAUCCUGUGUUUGGGACAUCAAA